GUCUAAACAUUGUCAUAAUCCAGAAGAAAGCGUGUGUUUCUGUGAGUGUGAAAAAAACGUUGAAUCGACGCCGCGCAGUGCAUUUUUUUCUGUAUCAACAACAACAACAACAACAACAACAACAACUACACUCAGCUGAGCGCCGCCACCUCACAGCAACCACAUAAAUAGCAACAACAACAACUACAGUAGAAGCAACAACAACAACAGUAACAGUAACAUAAAAAAGCCGAUGCUGCAAAGAAAAGAGAAAGAGCAAGAAGCAGAAUCAAGAGCUAUUCUAACGGCAUAUAAAGAAACAGAGACACACGGCAGCAGCAGAGAGCGUCUGUGUGUGUGCGUGUGCUCCUUCCUUCGUCGAACCUAGCCAAAACAAAACAGUUGAUCUGACUUGAAACGAAGAAGAAGAAGCAGCAGCAGCAGAAAGAAAGAGCGACAAAAAAAGACUUUUUUGAUAUAGCGUAAUAAUACAGAAAGAGAGAGGAACAAAAAUUAGAAGAAAAACUACUACUAGUACUCAGCAGCAGGCCAGCUGAGAGCGCUGAGCGCCAAUUACACAAUAGAGAAACAAUAAACAAAGAAAAAAAGGAUCAAGAAGACUGGAAAUAUCUUCUUCUCCUGCCUUCCCCCAACCCACACUUAGCCAGCAGCAGUAGCAGCAGCAGCACAGACUCUUUUCUUUUACUGAAAGAGAGCACCUAAGAGUAUUUUGCUCAAAAACAAAAUACUCGUGCCCCCCACAAAUUCUCAGGAUAUGUACGGCAACAAUAACCCUGGUAGUAACAAUAAUAACGGUGGUUAUCCCCCAUACGGUUACAAACAGUCGAGCGGUGGGCGAGGAUUUGGCAUGUCUCAUUCACUGCCAUCAGGAAUGUCACGUUAUGCGUUCUCACCACAGGAUACAGAAUUUACAUUUCCAAGUUCCUCGUCGCGUCGCGGUUACAAUGAUUUCCCUGGCGGCGGCGGUAAUGGCGGCAGUGCCAAUUCCCUUGGCGGUGGCAAUAUGUGCAAUAUGCCACCGAUGGCCAGUAACAAUUCAUUGAACAACCUGUGCGGUCUAUCAUUGGGCAGCGGCGGCAGCGAUGAUCUUAUGAACGAUCAUCGUCCGAGUAAUACCAAUUUGAUUGUGAACUAUUUGCCCCAGGAUAUGACUGAUCGUGAGCUAUAUGCGCUAUUCAGAGCCAUUGGACCCAUUAAUACGUGCAGAAUCAUGAGAGACUAUAAGACUGGCUACAGUUUUGGUUAUGCUUUCGUGGAUUUCACAUCGGAAAUGGACUCACAGCGUGCUAUUAAAGUACUCAAUGGCAUCACAGUACGCAAUAAAAGGCUAAAGGUUUCCUAUGCUCGUCCGGGCGGUGAAUCGAUCAAGGAUACCAAUCUGUAUGUGACAAAUCUGCCGCGUACAAUUACAGAUGAUCAGCUGGACACAAUUUUUGGCAAAUAUGGUUCCAUUGUGCAAAAGAAUAUAUUGCGUGAUAAGCUAACUGGUCGACCAAGAGGCGUGGCAUUUGUGCGCUAUAACAAGCGCGAGGAGGCACAGGAGGCCAUUUCGGCAUUGAACAAUGUUAUACCCGAGGGAGGAUCUCAACCGCUUUCGGUGCGUCUGGCCGAGGAGCAUGGCAAGGCAAAAGCGGCGCAUUUUAUGUCACAAAUGGGCAUGGGACCGUCGCCACCGAAUGUACCACCACCACCGCCGCCACCACCACCACAUAUGGCGGCUGGUUUCAAUAAUAUGGUUCAUAGAGGUAGAUCAUUAAAAUCACAGCAACGCUUCCAAAAAACGCAUCCAUAUUUUGAUGCGCAAAAGUUUAUCUAAAAAAAAACACAACACAACAACACACACACAAACAACCAACCAACAGUAACAAAAAACAGACCAGUUUUCUAUACAGCAGCAACAACAACAACAACAACAGCAACAACACAAACACCAAUUCAUCAACUAACCAAACAACAUUAAUAAUAUACACAUACACAUACACUUACAUACAUACAUAUAAAUUACAUUCAACAAUUUGUUUAGUUAAUUUAGCCAUCCACAAAAAUCUAUCUCUACCCACCCCCAAUCUAUUAUCCUCCUUGCUCCUUAAUUUUCUUGACAUACAUUUCUCGUAUUUAGUUUCUCCUCUCCUCUACAAGUUGCAAAUUUUCUUCCUCUCUUUUCGUUUCCUUCCCCCCCUUUUAAUUCCAAUUAAUGGAAUUGAAUUUGAUGAUUUUGUAUGUAUAUAUUAUAAUAAUAUAU